CUUCUAUCCAGCCGCAAGUGUUUGCCUGAGAUGCUUUUUCAGCACAAGAGGUACGAUGCAUGCUCCAACCUAUGACCGAACGUGGCUCCAUGUAGCCCAGUCAUUCGGGGUCUGAGCUGGAUACCUGUGGGGUUGGUGACCGCUCUCAUCGCGUUGGAGUACGUGGUGUUCAUCCGCUUUCACAUCCGUGCCAAGCUGCUAGUUGGCGAUGACUCGAUUGCGCUCGUCUUGGAGUUCCUUGCGUUCAACUCGCUGACGGCUCUCACAGCCAUUUCCUACUACCGAGUCGUUGCCACAGGUACAUGACAUCAGCACGGUCUCGUCAUCAUGUUCCAUCCCUCGUUUACUCCAGACCCCGGCUUUAUCAACGACAAAUUGGCCGACUACCUUCGCAUGCGCGCCCAACAAGCCGGCAUCCAACUACCCAACUGCCGGAGCUGUCACAAACCCAAACCGAGUCGUGCCCAUCAUUGCAGCAUCUGCAAAAUGUGUGUCGUCAAAAUGGAUCAUCACUGUCCGUGGGUGGGAAACUGCGUGGGGCUGCGCAACUACAAGUACUUUUACAUGUUUGUCACUUACGGUGCUAUCACGUGCGGCCUGAUUGUCCUUCGGCUGUUUGAUCCGUUCUUCCGCGCAGUGCAUCACAUGGACAACACGCUGCCGCUUCACGCGAUCCUGGCUUACGUCAUGGCUGCCAGUGUGACGUUAUCUCUGACGUUGUUUGUGGGUUUCCACUCGUACUUGAUCUUCCAAGGGCAAUCCACGCUUGAGCUCAACGUGUAUGGCCGUCGCAGUCCAUAUCGAUACCGCGAGAUGGCUCAGAAUUGGCGGGCCGUGUUUGGCUCAAACUGGCACUCGUGGCUGCUGCCGUUGGUGCCAGAAAAUGCCGACUAUGACUACAUGAUGUGGACACGGAACCAUGACGUGGAAGCCCAGCGCUCCUACGACGACCACGACGACGACGAAGAGUCGAACGUGAGCUUAAUUCUGUAACUAGCUAGUUAGCAAGUCGUAUACAAAUCAAACUUCCGAGUGGUCAAACUUGGCUUUC